GGUGCUAGUGCUCCUAAUUGAUUAUCUGUCAGUUUAACUCAUUGAGUAAACAAGAGAGGAAGAACAGUCACAUUUUACCAAUUUACAAAACAGCUACUUGAUAAAACAUGAUUGAUCAUCUGUUAACAUCUGUGACAACAUGGCUGCCACCUUGCCCCUUCCUGUCACAGCUUCUGUCUGCUAUCUCUGCACUUCAUAUUUAAAAGAGUCUGUUGUUCUAAGAUGUUACCACAGCUUGUGCAAAAACUGUCUACAAAGCUACUGGGAGCUCAACAAGUCCCUGGAGUGUCCUGUUUGUUUGAGGGAGACACACUGUUCUGUUCUUCUACACCGUUUAAGUAUUUCUCGCUUCACCUCGGAGGGUAGAUCCUCUCCAGACAGCAACUUCAAACCAUUCCAUGUGGGGAAUGCAGAAAGUGAAAUGCAGUCAGUAGAGGACGACUUAGUGGCAAUGAGCACUAUUGACAGCAUUAAGACAGAAGAGGACAUCAGUGCCAUGGUGCAGAUGUUGAUGGAGGUCAAAUAUGAACCAACUGAAAAAAACAUAACAGCAAACAUAGAAGAAAACCUUAUAUAUGGACAUACAAUGGAGGACAUUGCCUCUGUGAAAAGGGAGCAGGCCAAUGAAACCAGGGAUGAGGAAGUAGAUACAGACGUGAUGCUACAUGACACAGUUUCUGCACCCAGUUCCAUCUUAAAGGAACCCAAUGAAUCUAGAGAGAAUUCUCAACCACCACCCACUACUUGUAAAUCAUUAAGGUCCAACCUUUGUCCAAAAUGCGGCAAGAGUUUCAAAAGAAAGUCCGAGCUCAGAGCCCAUGAGAAGGUGCACUCCUUGAAGAAGCCACACCAGUGCUCCACCUGCGGAAAGAGUUAUGUCGACAAACAUGAGCUCUCCAUGCACAUGCGGCUACACACUGGUGAGAAGCUGUUGGACUGUUCUUAUUGCACGAAGAAGUUCAUCAGGGAGAGUGGACUGAAGUCCCACUUGAGGAGCCACACGGGGGAGAAGCCAUUCUCUUGCUCACAAUGUGGGAAAAGCUUUUCUCGACGAAGUACACUAAAUACUCACUUUCGGUUGCACGUAGGUACCCUGCCCCACCAGUGUGAUCAUUGCGGGAAGUUUUUCAACACAGCGGCGGCUAUGAGAGUCCACAGGGCAACCCAUACCGGAGAAAGGCCCUUUGCGUGCCCGCAAUGUGACAAGAAGUUCAUCAAUAAAUCUGACUUGGAUGUUCACCUGGAUAGUCACGCAGGGAAGAAGCCGUUCAGCUGUUCUGUGUGUGGGAAGAGUUUCUUGAGGAAGCAAGAACUCAAAACUCAUCGAACCAUUCACCAAGACAACCGACCUUUUCAUUGCACAGACUGCGAGAACAGCUUCAAAAGGUUGAGUCACCUCACAUCGCACAUGAAGAUCCAUUCCUCCGAGACCCCUUACAAAUGCACAUACUGCAGCAGAUCCUUCAAGCAUCCCAACAGCCUCAAAAUGCAUGAGCGUCUUCACACCGGAGAGAAACCCUACACUUGUGAACACUGCGGGAAAAGGUUCCCUUCUUCAGGAGAUCGAACUAGACACCUGGCCGUACACUCUGAGGUGAAAUCCUACAAGUGCCCGAAAUGUGACCGGAGCUUUCGCUUCAAGAACAGUAUGAGGUCCCACCAGGUCACACACACUGGAGAAAGACCUUUCCAUUGCAAGAAGUGUGGCAGGAGCUUCGCUAGGCUGGCAAAUCUCAAAGCGCACAAGGUGGUGCACACCGACGAAAGACGUUACAGCUGUUCUCAAUGCGGUCUGGCCUUCAAGUCCUCCUCUACCCUCCGGAGCCACUUCAUAAUCCAUUCCAGCAAGACUCUGUUUGACUGCACCACCUGUGGCAAAACCUUCACUCGUCAAGACACCUUCAAAAGGCAUCAAGACAUUCACGCUGGGAUCAAAGUCCACAAGUGCUCAGAGUGUGGAAAAUGCCUGAGCUCAGCAAGUUGCCUGAAGCUGCACAUGCAGGGUCAUUCCGGGAAGAAGAAGAUGUACAAAUGUGAUGAAUGCGAAAAGAGCUUCAGUUCCACGUCCUACCUCCUGAAGCACCAGAAGAUUACCCACACAGACGAGAAGCCGUAUAUGUGCUUCGAGUGUGGGGAGAGCUUUAAUACGGACGGGAAACUGGUUACUCACCAACUACAGCAUUCAGGACAGAUGGAUCAUGUUUGCUCCCAUUGUGGGAAGAUGUUUGCACGGAAAGAGACACUAAGACGACAUGAGAAGAUGCACUCUGAGAAGAAGCCUCACCAGUGCUCAAAGUGUGGGAAAGGAUUCACGAGGAGCGACCAUCUAAAACAGCAUCAGAGAACCCAUGACAAGAGAAAUUAAAUUGUUUUCAUUUUGUGUUCUGCCAAUUUUUUUCUUUCAUUAGGCAUUGUAGUUUAGUGAAAGGGGUCGCUAUUAAAUUUAUGUAGCCAGUUAAUAUGCACAGCAUUGCUUUAAUUAGCAUUUUCCUUUGCUACUGAAUUAUCUUACUUUUGUUCAGGCAAUUGAGUAAUGAGAUUGAGGAUUGAAGAAUAUUGGCCCCCUCUUGAGUUCAUUUGAAUGGCACUUUAUACUAUUUAUCGCUCCACCAGAUGGCAGUCUAUGCUUUGAUACAGAAUUCAAUGACUUGUGAUACUAAAAAGGUGCCUGAAAACUCAACGUUGCAGAACCUUCUCUAAACUCAUGAAAAAUUAAAGCAUUUCAAUGUGAUGCUAAAGAUAAGAGAAAAAUAUUGUGCUUUUGUUUCAGUGUCUCAAGAAUAUUAUGGAUGUUAUGUUAUGUCAUUAAAGACAUUUAUACACUGAUGUGAUGUGUUUCUUAUAUAAAACCUUCAAUAUCUCAGAAAUGACAGUCCACUUUUAAACCAACCCCUCGUGUGUUUCGGUUGCCACUUUCUGAUAGUCUGAGUCUGAUAAAUACAUAAUGGCAGUUAAAUACAUAAAAACAGUCCUCAUGUCUCAAAAUAAAAUUGGAUUCUGAUGCAAAUGGCAUGUAUCAGCCAGAGGCGAGGACCAGCUCUGGGAUUUAAAUAUACUAACACUUUAUCUGAAACUGCUGUCUUUGCAUUAACCCG